CAUAGGGUUAUUUGAAAUUUAUAUUUAGGGUUGAGGACGAGGAUGAAGAUUUCUCUGAACCUGACAAGGAGGAGAGCAGGAGAAGGAUGGGAAUCAUCUGCUCGGAGAAGGAACAGCAGACAACUAAACAUUGGUUUCGGGGAGGAUCAGAGGAGGAAGGAACCUGGGAGAGAUCUAAGAUUGAGAAAUUAAGGAAGGAGAAGGAAACUUUAAACCUGGAGCUCAGUUUAGUUGAGAAGGAGAAGGUUAAUCUCGAAUCUAAAGUUUCUAAGAUUAAAUCAGAUCUCGGGACUGCUGAGAAGAUUAUAAGAGAGCUGUCUACCGAGCUGAAGACUGCUCGGGAGAAGAAUGACGAGCUCAAGCGGAAAUAUAAUUAUAAAUAUCGACCUAGGCUGGAUGGAGAGGAUGGAAGGAGUGAGGAAGAGAAUCAGAACAGUAUUAAUGAACUAGAACUCAGGGUUAAAGGACAAUCAGAAGCUCUCUCCGAUCUUAAACUUCAAUUGGAGAAAUCAGAGAAGAAAUAUAAUAAGGAGAAAUCUGCUUUAGUCAAGAGAUGUGAGGAACUUGAGAGUUUAGUUGGGACUGAGAAAGCAAGAGUUGAAUCUAUCUGGGAACUGGAGAAAACAGAGAUGGGACGAACUCUGGCUAAUCUCAGGAAUCAGGUUGUUCAAUUGGAGAAUCAUAAGCUUAUGAAGGAAUCCCUAGAAAAGGAGUUUAAUCUUCUUCUCAGGGAGAAGGAGACAUGGGACUCGGAGAAGCUGGAGUAUGACGUGAACCUGGAUAAGCUGGAGGAGAAACUAACCUAUAGAAACCGUAUUCUGGAGCAAUCUCAGUCUGAGGUACUUCAGCUCAAAUCUCAAAUCUCGGAGCUCAAGAAGAAACUUGAAAACUUCGAAGCUGAAAGAUCAAGCCUAAGUUCAGAGAUUUCAACGCUGAACCAAAAGUUGUCAGUGUCUGAAGAAAAACUAAAGUGUUCUGAGCGUAGUAAGGAUGAACAUGAGAACAUAUUCUCCGAGUACAAACAGAAGUGUGAAGGAUAUGAAAUCGAAGUGGGAGAGUUAAGAAGAAGUAUUUCAACCAAAGAAAGUCUGAUUAUCCAACUUGAAGCCAAGCUAAAUAAGAUGACAGCUGAACUUAACGAUAUAAAAUCCACACUGAAAUCACAAAGUACGACAAAUCUUGAAUCACAAGCAGAUGAAAUAACAUCUUUAAAGGAACAGCUCACAGAUGCUUACUCCGCCAGGACAAAGGCAGAACAAAAGCUGACUGAGGUAGAAGGUUCCGAGAUGAGUCUCCAGGAACGCUUGAAUCGUCAGCAGAAAACAAACAAGAUUCUCGAGGAACGUUGUUACUCUACAGAGACAAUUUUAAGGUAUUUCUUUUACAAAAAAAAUAUUUAA